AUGGAAGGGCAGAAUGGCCGUGAAAGGGCGAGAUCCGAUGCUACUCAACCACCACAAUCGCCGAACCGAGCCCGAGCUGUUAGCGAUGCGGAUCUCAUCGCACCGACACGAAUUAUGUCUGGGGUUAAUGAGGCCACAACUACUGCUCGCCGGCGUGGUUCGACUGCCUCAAGACGCAGCGGUAUCAGCGCAAUUCCCAGUACAGCCGCCCGCACGACUAUAGCCCAGCGCACACAGGGCAAGUUCACUCUAGGUGGUCUAGAUGAAACGCCCCAGGUGCGGUUAGCUCAGGAGCCCUUUGUGCAACCAGGCUACUCGGAUUUGAACCCUUCAUAUGAACAGGCCUCCAAUGCCAGACCGGUCUGGUCUCUGGCCAAGCCGCUGCCCCGUGUGGUGCGGCCGGGCAUGGUCCCGACCAAGGAAGAGCUGUUGCAGAACCUGGCAAAUGCGCAGCGGCCCACGGAAAACUCGCAGAGACUUGGACUCGAUGUGGACGCCAACGAUAUCGAACAGGGUCGAAUCGAUAAGACGACCGAUCCGCGCAAGAUGGCCGCGCAGGUCGCGGAUGCUCGUUUACAACGUGAGAAUAACUUCAUGAACAAGAUUCUCGCUGGUGAUGGCCCCUCUGCGAGACAGACUUCGCGUAUCUCGCGCAGCUCGUCGGUUCGUGUAAGACCUUCGAAUUGGGACCAGCCAGAUCAACUGUCGACUUUGCAUGAGGGUGAUUCCCAGGAGAAUGUUGAGCCAGCGAUGGAGCCGACCUCGACUGCCAAUCUGGCAGAUGGUGACGACAUGGGGGCUAGAUUGGACGUGUUAUUGGAUGUUCCUGAAUUGGAGAAGGCGAGUUACCCGGAGGACCUGCACCCGCUUGUGCAGGAAUUAGUCGAGGACGAAGUCCACAACAACCAUACGACCUGGUCUGUCAUCCGUACACAUCACCGCGAAGCUUUUGCCGAAGCCCUGGGUGUGUUUGUGCAGCUCACUAUGGGUUUCUGUGUUGACUUGUCGGUCACCAUCGCUAACCAGGGUAACCCCAACACCACCGCGUGGGCCUGGGGGUUGUCGACUAUGACCGGCAUUUAUAUUUGUGGUGGUGUCUCCGGAGCCCAUCUCAACCCGGUCGUGACCAUGGUGCUGUGGUUCUUCCGUGGUUUCCCCAAACGCAAAAUGCCCGAAUACUUCGCCGCCCAAUUCCUCGCCGCGUUCCUUGCUGGACUUGCCGCGUAUGGAAUUUACUAUGAAUCCAUUCAGCACUAUCUAUUCCUCAAUCCGGAUACCAACAUCAUCAACAGCUUUGUGACCAAUUCACGGGAGGUGUGGGUUGGUUCGGCGACGGCGUUCUUCAACGAGUUUAUCGGCACCGCCUUUCUGGUCGUUACCGUCCUCGCUCUAGGUGAUGACCAAAAUGCACCCGCUGGAGCCGGUAUGAACUCGUUGAUCAUUGGAUUGGUGAUUACUUGUUUGACUAUGUGCUUUGCUUAUCAGACCGGGGCGGCGUUCAACCCGAGUCGGGACUUUGGGCCUCGGCUAGCGCUUCUCGCGGUUGGCUUUCCCAACACCUUGUUCACUGACCCAUACUGGUUCUACGGGCCUUGGGCAGGAGCGCUGAGUGGUGGUUUCAUGGGCGCUUUCCUCUAUGACUUCUUUAUCUUCACUGGCGGUGAGUCUCCCGUCAACUACCCACUCGAGCGCACUCAGCGCGCCUUGGCCAAGAGUCGCAUGAAGUGGAAGCGUCGAUUGCAUUUGAACUCGAGGUGA